CGCCGGCCGGAAAUCGAAAAACAUUGUGCACUUUCUUUUGAGUCCUUUUCUUUUGGAGUAACUCUUUCAUUCUAGUUGAUCAUGUCAAUGGCUAGGUAUUAGUGUACUGCUUUGAAAAACAGCUGGAGCCAACAUGUUUGCUGUCUCUAACAUACAAAUAAGUAUUGGCAUCACUCCUUAUUCCUCUUGCUAGAAACACAUGAAUGAACUUAAUGGCCUUUCUUCAGAAUAUGCUUAUCUUGCAGUUCUCAGUAUUUUCAGUAAUGUUGCAAUUGCUAAUACCAGCAGCAGGUCAAGCUUUGCCAGGGUGCCCUGACCGCUGUGGCGAUUUGUUAAUUCCCUACCCUUUUGGCAUAGCUGAAGGUUGUCACUUGGAAGACGAGUUCUUCAUCAACUGUACUGAAGUGAAAGGAAUACCCCUAACACCAUAUCUGGCAGGAACUGGUAUCCCAGUUUCCAACUUUUCUCUUGAUCAAGGUGAGUUACAAAUAAUGCAGUUUGUAGCUAGAGACUGUUAUGACAUCAAUGGUUCUUUGGAUAAGAAUCUCAGCAGGGUACGAGUAUUGAGCCUCAAUCCUCCUUUUACAAUAUCUGGCACCAAAAACAAGUUCUUUGCUGUUGGUUGUGACACUUAUGCAAUCUUCGAAGGCUAUCGAGGACAAGAAAGGUAUAUAACUGGCUGCAUGUCCUUCUGUGAGAGCCUUGGCAGUGUUAAUGAGUCUUGUUCUGGUGUAGGGUGUUGCCAAACUUCAAUCCCAUCUGGACUACAAAAUCGCACGGUGAAGAUGGCUAGUUACACCAGUCAUGCCUUCAUAUGGGACUUCAACCCCUGCAGCUACUCUUUCAUUGUGGAAGACGGCCAGUUUGAAUUCUCUAGUAAAAGUUUUCGAGAACUAGACAACACAAUCCGGCUUCCGAUGGUUUUGAAUUGGCAAAUAGGGGAUGAGACAUGUGAUAAAGCUCAAAAGAAGCAAGGUUAUGCUUGUAAGGGAAACAGCACAUGUGUCAACCCCAUCAAUCAGUCUGGUUACUUCUGUCAAUGCUUGCCAGGUUAUGAAGGGAAUCCAUACCUACCUGAAGGUUGCCAUGAUAUUGAUGAGUGCAAGAAUAACAACAUCUGUAAUGAAGGGGCGUGUGUAAACUCCCCAGGAACUUAUGCUUGUGUAUGUCCAAAAGGGUUCAAAGGGGAUGGAAAAAAAGCUGGAACGGGUUGCAGCAAAGACAACCCCACCAAUCCUUCUCACACUUCUCGCCUUCUCAUUAUUUCGCUGAGUAUGAGUGUGGCCUUCUUGUUCUUAACGGUUGGAACUUCAUGGACAUAUUUAGGAGUGAAGAACAGGAAGUUCAUCCAACUGAAAGAGAAGUAUUUCAGAGAGAAUGGUGGCUUACUGCUGCAGCAGAAACUGGCUAAUCACGAAGGAACUGUGCAGACAACAAAAAUCUUUACUGCAGAAGAACUUGAGAAGGCUACAGACAACUACCACGAAGAUAGAAUCGUUGGCGAAGGAGGCUUUGGAACUGUUUACAAAGGGAUAUUACCAAAUGGCAAAUUGGUUGCUAUAAAGAAGUCAAAAAUUGGAGCCCCAACACAGAGUGAACAGUUUGUUAAUGAGGUGAUUGUUCUUUCUCAAAUUAACCAUAGAAAUGUGGUGAGGCUAUUAGGUUGUUGUUUCGAAACACCAGUGCCUCUACUGGUGUACGAGUUCAUCACCAAUGGCACUCUUUUUGAGCACAUACAUGGUGGAGAGGGCAAAAAAUCAUCUCUUCCGUGGGAAUUACGAUUGAAGAUAGCAGCCGAAAUCGCAGGAGCACUAGCAUACUUGCAUUCCUCCAUUUCCAUGCCAAUCAUACACCGAGAUGUGAAAGCAACAAAUGUACUUAUAGAUGAUACUUACACAGCAAAAGUGUCGGAUUUUGGAGCUUCACGGCUGGUUCCUCUAGAUCGAACUCAGAUAACAACUUUGGUACAAGGCACACUUGGAUACUUAGACCCCGAAUACUUCCAUUCCAACCAACUAACAGAAAAAAGUGAUGUCUAUAGCUUCGGAGUUGUCCUAGUGGAGCUACUCACAAGCAAAUUAGCACUUUCUUUCACAAGGCCUGAGGCGGAGAGAAAUCUAGCAAGCUUCUUCGUUUCUUCAGUGGAAGAUGGUCGCUUGAAUCGAAUUCUUGAUCAAAACAUAGUCAAUGAGGUGAGUUACGAGACACUAAGAGAAGUGGCAAACCUGGCAAGGAGAUGCUUAAGGGUUACAAGGGAGGAAAGACCUGCCAUGAAAGAAGUGUGGAUGGAACUGGAGGGCAUGAGGAUCACUACUGCAAAGCAUCCAUGGGAAAAGACUGGUUUCAGCACAGAAGACACUCGGCACUUGCUUGGAUCACCUUCACUUUCCUCUUUUAGAGGUGAUUGUGCUCCGAAUAGUGCAAAAAUCAGUGCAGCUAGUGUUUAUGAAAGUAUGAGAGUCGAAAUGUUAAUGGCAUAUGAUAACGGGCGAUAA